AUGAUGGCUAUGACAUCGACCAUCCAAAAACUAGAUAUAUCCCUGUCCGGAGAAGACAAUCAAGCUGUUCGCUGCCUAAUUCGAAGCUCGCAGCUGAGAUUUACGGCAAUCAACGAUUCUGGCAUCCCGUUCUUGACCGAAUUGCUGCCACUGGCAACUCAAUUCGCCACAAUUAAGAAUGCGCUACUUGCUCUGGCAAAGGUGCUCCGUACGGACAGUUCACGUCGGUCGGUAUCAUCCUCCUCGGCCGUGGCACUCGAGAGCUACCACAUCGCCUUAAAGACUCUGCGAGAAAGAAUAGCAAUCCUUGACGUCUCUGAAGCAUCAGAUGCAGACGUGCUCGAGGUUUUGGGUGCGGCUCUCCUCCUCACCAUCGCCGGAUUUCCGGGAUCUAGCCAGGACAGCACUGCCUGGUCCCACCACAUUGUUGGCCUCAUUACUCUCAUCGAAUCCCUUGGCCCCAGUGCCAUUGACGCCACCGUUCUCGGUACUUUGGUCAAAGAAAUUGUUGCAUAUUUGGAUAUCUCAGCUUUUUCUCUUGGCCGGCCACCAAAAUCUCGGAACGCCUGGCUGAGGUGGCACAUACACCCUCCCGAAACGCCUCCGACCGAUGAUUUCACAUCCUUGGAGGUGGCUGUGGGCUACCCACGAUCUCUCCUAACAAUUAUUGCGACUUUGUCUGCUAUAUUUGACGGCCCUGAUGAGGAUACGAUGCCCAUUCUAUCUGAUCUACUCGAAAGACUAUAUUCAAACAGCACAGGUGGCCUUUGCCAGCCAAUUUGGCCCGCGGGCUCUGAGUUGAGCCACGAAGACGGCAUCGGGAUGUCUCCUGGGGUAUUCAACAAGCUGGAUGCUGCACUGACGCUCUGGAAUCCUCCAUACAUACCUAAAAGACUUCCUGAAAUGGUGUCAAUUGCUUUGGCAGGCGCGUGGGAAAUCAUGCGGAAGGCCGCGCUUUUGUAUCUUUGGCGUGGGGGUUUCAGAGCGAAUAUUCUUGCCCCUCUUCCCGCCGAGAAGACCGUUCUCGUAUCAAAGCUUAUACGUGAGAUGCUUUUCGGUUACCGGGCACUGCUUACGUAUUUGGAGAAUGACAGCAUUACAAUCCUGAACGUGAUGACCUGGCCACUUGUAGUGGUAGGUAACGAGUGUGGCGGCGACCAUCGAACACAGCACGAAGUCAGUCAACUUAUAUCGCUCAUUCAAGAAAGUUUUCAGAUACAGCACUUGAGUCAUGUUUCCAAUGUGUUGGAAGAGCUGUGGCGGAGACAUGAAGCUCAAUCAGAGUCGUUUAUGACUACGGGUCAAGCUCAGCACCUCUGCCUCAAUGACGUGAGUAACGAUAUGGGAGUCUGUGUACCACUCUUUUAG